CCGUAGUGACGUAGUAGCAUGGCGGACUGAGACUUGUGUCAAGUAUGUUUUGAUUCUACAAGUGAUCGUUUCUGCCUUUUCUGUUGCAUUUUCACACCAAGUCAACAUCGAAGCGACCCGCUUGUCACCUGCGCACACAGUGUUACCAGCUGCUUGCUUUCUGAGACCAUGCCGUCCGCCUGUGACUCCCUGAUCGACGAUAUCGAGGACAUUGUGUCCUCGAGUGACCCCACCCCUCACGAGAGGCAGUCUGCAAGGAAAAGCAUCAUUCCCAGGUCAAGGAAAAAAAGGGAAAUUGUCAGCAAUGAGGAACUCCAAGCUGACAGUCUUAUCCCUGGGACCCAGAAGAUCUGGAUGAAGACGUGGGGCUGCAGCCAUAACAACUCCGAUGGCGAGUACAUGGCGGGACAGCUGGCUGCCAGCGGGUACAAGAUAACAGAUGACCCGGCUGAAGCAGAUCUGUGGCUGCUCAACAGUUGCACUGUCAAGAACCCUGCGGAAGACCACUUCAGGAACUCCAUCAAAAAAGCUCAGGAUCAGGAGAAGAAGGUUGUGGUGGCUGGCUGCGUCCCUCAGGCACAGCCACGGAUGGACUAUCUCAAGGGCCUCAGCAUCAUCGGGGUGCAGCAGAUUGAUCGUGUCGUGGAAGUUGUGGACGAGGCAGUGAAAGGUCACUCUGUCCGACUUCUAGGUCAGAAGAAAGAUGGAGGGCGAAGACUUGGAGGAGCCAGACUGGACCUCCCCAAAAUACGGAAGAACCCUCUGAUAGAAAUCAUCUCCAUUAACACAGGAUGCCUGAACGCCUGUACUUACUGUAAGACCAAGCACGCCAGGGGAGACCUCGCCAGCUACCCCAUCGACGAGCUGGUGGAGCGAGCCAGACAGUCGUUCCAGGAGGGUGUCUGUGAAAUAUGGCUGACCAGCGAGGACACCGGGGCGUACGGACGAGACAUCGGCACUGACCUGCCGACGCUGCUCUGGAGGCUGGUGGAGGUGAUUCCUGAGGGCGCCAUGCUGAGGCUCGGGAUGACCAACCCACCAUACAUCCUGGAGCAUCUGGAGGAGAUGGCGAAGGUGUUGAAUCAUCCGCGCGUCUACGCCUUUCUUCACGUCCCCGUGCAGUCGGCCUCAGACAGCGUGCUGAUGGACAUGAAGAGAGAGUAUUGCAUCGACGACUUCACACGUGUGGUUGACUUUCUUCAAGAAAGGGUUCCGGGUGUCACCAUCGCCACCGAUAUCAUCUGCGGUUUCCCUGGCGAGACGGAAGACGACUUCCAGGAGACGAUAGAGCUGGUGAAGCGCUACAAGUUCCCGAGUCUCUUCAUCAACCAGUUCUACCCUCGGCCCGGAACGCCAGCAGCCAAGAUGGAGCAAGUCCCGGCCCACGUGAAAAAGCAACGGACCAAAGAACUGUCUGACCUCUUCCGCUCCUACAACCCAUACGACCACAAGGUCGGCGAGAGGCAGCACGUGCUGGUGACGGAAGAAUCCUUCGACGCCCAACACUACGUGGCUCACAACAAGUUCUAUGAACAGGUGCUGGUGCCCAAGAGGUCAGAGUUCAAAGGGAAAAUGAUUGAAGUGGACAUAUAUGAGGCGGGAAAACACUUUCUGAAAGGCAGACCGGUGGAGGACAGCACGCCUUUCACUCCUUCUAUUGCUGCUCCACUUGAGCAAGGACAGGUGUCAGGGCUGUCGCAGGUGCAGACGGCGAACGGCGUCCGACAUCCUCCCUCCACCUCACCUGGACUCACCUGGUCUUCAGGUCUGGACACAGAGGCCUUGAAGAAGCUUGGGAUCGCAGUUGCUCUGGCAGCGGCCAUUUUAGCGCUGGUCAUAGAGAAGCUUUGUUAGCAUUAGCUUGUCAUGAGCGUCGUCAGAAGUCAGUUAGGUGAAGGAAUAUUUCAGGCAAGACACAGGCCUCUUCAGAAAACCACAGGCCUGAUCUGGGAGGAAACUCCCAUGGUUAACAGAUUUUAUUUCCCACACUGUGUCGUCUGUUGUUUUGGCCCCGAACGAAUACAAAUGCUACUAUUUCUCCUCGGAAAUUGAAUCUUGGACUUCAUGAAACGGCAGAAGGAAGUCACCCAACUGGUCAGCCGCAGCUCUCGGACCCCCAUGUGUCUACAAAGCCUCUGUGUGCAGGAUAAUGAGCAUUGCCGGCGCCGGACACUGUGCUAAUUCCAUUUUGGCAGAUCCCAUUAUGGCUGACUCAUUCAACUUGUUUGGACAGAAAGUAGCUCAAUGUAAAGCAUUCUGGCUGAAGGUCGCAGAAGCAAGGUUUUAUUUGGAGGCUUUUACAAUGGCUUCACCAGAAGCGGCCGGCGACGUAGUUUAGCUGCCAUGACUCAACAAACCUGAGCCGCUGUUUUAAGUUGUUUGUUGAAUAAAUCAGAACUUGAAGCAUCACCAGACGGUAUUGACUGGCUUGUGUAACCUUCAUUUUUUACCACGCAGCCCCAUUGAUUUACUGUACAGUCAAUAUCGGCCCAGAAAAUCCAGCUUUCCUGUCGAUUCAUCAGCAGAAAUGCUUUCACUCUUGAAAGGAAUCUUUUUUUUCUGUCUUUCUAAUUCGUGAGACCUUGUUUCUCAGCUCUCGGCGCGGAUGACCUGAAUGCGCUUGACACUUUUUAUUGUACACCAGGAAGCAGCAUUGAGUGUAAAGGAAGCCUCCUGGAAAUGAGCCUCAAAGCGCCCGGAGUCUUGGCAGACUGCAGUUCAAUGAAGUGAAGAGAGACGUCGCUGGACAUCAAAGGUUUUCCUUCGCUUCCUAUAACUCCACCUCGUCAUCAGGUCUUCUUACUUGAAGCGUAUUGUCUUGCCUGGGACGCCGCGCCCGUGAGGUCAGCUGCUGGAAGCCCCGGGACAGUCCCAGGACAGGCUGCAGUGAAGUCUCUCUCUGCUCCAGAUGUGUGAGUCGGAUGUAUCACCUCCUUGAAUCUGACUUGAAUGUUCGCUCUUUAAUCACAGUGUGUGUGUGGCUUGGUGUGGCUCUUGGAUGCUGCUGUUGUGUUGUUAGCAACUUUAGCUGCGACUGAGAUGUGUGUUCCUGAUAGGGAAUAUAUUCAGUCUCCACACCAGUCUCUCUCUGUUGCGACUCUUCUCCUUCCCUCUAAUCUCGCUCUGUUUGGAGACGCGGUGGCCUCAACGUGUGCGCUGGAAUCUCAGACAGUUAAUAAUGUAUGCCCCAAUUUAUAUGGCAUUGCAGCGGCGCAUGUGUCACUGUCAGAGCGUCUGUGUUUU